GCUUCAGUGUGACACCGGAAGAUUCCAGGUGACGUGCGGUGAAGGUGAAAAAGCCAGAAUGUCACUAACGCGUUUAGGAAGGCUGGGACAGAAGUCCAGUGUCCUGUUUUUAUGUGACAUGCAGGAGAAGUUCAGACAUAACAUUGCAUUCUUCCCUCAGAUUGUGUCUGUGGCUUCUAGGCUACUCCAGGCUGGCAAGAUGUUGGACAUACCGGUUAUAGUGACUGAACAAUACCCGAAAGGACUUGGUCCCACCGUGCCAGAGUUGGGAGCUGAUGGCAUCAAGAAGUACUCCAAGACUUGCUUCACUAUGAUGAUCCCAGAAGUGGAGAAGGAACUCCAAUCCUUUCCUGAGAGACGUUCGGUUAUUCUCUGUGGCAUUGAGGCACAGGCCUGCAUUACGCUGUGUUACCAAUUUCCUUUUCAGAGUACCACUUUGGAUCUUCUGCAAAAGGGCUUUGAUGUCCAUGUUGUAGCUGAUGCUUGCUCUUCUCGCAGCCAGGUGGACCGUCUAAUGGCUCUUUCCCGCAUUAAGCAAAGUGGAGCUUUUCUAACCACAAGUGAAGGAGUGAUCUUACAGUUACUGCAAGACUCUUCCCAUCCCAAAUUUAAACAGGUUCAGAAGCUCAUCAUAGAGCCAGCUCCUGACAGUGGCCUCUUGUCUCUCUUUUAAAAUCAAAAUCUUCUCUUCACAUACGAUUCUGUGGGGUAGCACAUCAAACCUUGAUU